AUGCCGAAGAAGGGUUCGAAGAAGAAGAAGAGCGCCAAGCCGGCAUGGAUGUCGGAUGAGCACUGGGCGCUCUCCCAGAACGCCAUCCAGCUCGCAGAGGUCAUGAAGGGGCAGACCCUCGACCUCCCUGGCCCGCCCGUCACCCGCGUCCAGGCCGCGAUCUGGCUGCGCCAGCUGUGUUCUCCGUCGAAAAACGGGUCCAAGCGCGACGAGGCGAUCCAGAACGGCGUCGUCGAGGUGUGCGUGAAGAUGCUCAAGGACGACAGCCUCGAGUCCGCCACGACCCGCGGCGUCGCGGCCGGUCUCCUGGCCGACCUUGCGCAAAUGGAUGCCGGGCGCGACCUCCUCCUCGGAAUGCGCCCCACGCCGCUCAUGUGGAACUGCAUCCUCAAAGGGAGCACCGCGGUGCGCGACGGCGCGUUCGGGUGUCUCAAGCAGCUGAUGCUGCUCGCGGGCGGCAAGGACCCGAACGUGGAGUUCCGCCGCGCCCUGACCAAGUUCCUGUGCGCGCAGUCGUGGGAGCCGCUCGUGGACGCGCUCACGCAGGCCGACACCAUGCCGCUCUGCGGCGGGAAGCAGGUCUCGCUCGCCUGCGCGAGCUUCCUGGCCACGCUGGCGGGCCCGCCGCCGCCCGAGGCGCUCGGCGGCUUGCCGGUCGACCGGACGUACCGCGACCGCGUGCACGAGUGCUUGCUCGCGGCCAAGGCGCUCGAGGUGAUGAUUCAGUUGUCGGCGUCAAUGGAGGUGCUGCCGGAGGUGCGCGACUGCUGCGUGUCGAUUCUGUGGCACCUCAUGAGCCGGGGGCCUGUCGCAGUGCACGACGACUUCAUUCGGAAGGGGGGCAUUCAGUGCGCGAUGGCUGUCAUGGGGGACAAGACGCUCGGGCUGCCCACGCGCGCGGCGGCCGCCGGGUGCCUGCGAGUGGCGAUGAGCCCGUGCAAGGAGCGCGCCGCCGCGCUCGCGCGUGCGCGCGCGGAGCUCGAGACGCGCGAGGCCGCGCAGCUACCGCCGGACGUGUACAGCACGCUGCGCCCGCGCUCCGCCUUCACCCCGGCGUACCGCCAGGCGCCCCCCAAGACGGCCCCGGGGGAGUACAGCGACGACCCCGAGGGCCUCGUGCCGGCCAUCCGCGGCCUGGACUCCGCGUCGAUGCGCCCGCUCUCCGUCCAGAUCAACCUCACGCCGCGCCCGAACUCCACAGCGGGCUCCGCCGGGUUCGGCGGCCUCGGCCCCGCGGGGCCCAUCACGGUGACACAGACGGGCGACGGCUGGGCGGGGUUCCUGGGGACCAUCUCCGAGAGCGGGCACGCGCGGCCGAUGGACGAGUUCGCCGGCACGGGCGCGACCGCGAUGAUGGAGAUGCUGGAGCUCGACGAGGCGCUGCGGGAGUACACGCUACAGCGCGCGGCGCUGGUGGCGGGGGCCGGGGCGGUGCCGCUGCUUGUGGAGCUGGCGGCGCCGCCGGAGGGCCCGCUGCCGGACAAGGAGGGGCAGCCUGCGGAGGAGGUGGCGGGCGCGGGGGGCAAGAAGAAGAAAGGCAAGGGGAAGAAGGGGAAGAAAGCUCCGAUGCUGCCUGGGAUGGAGGAGGCGCAGGUGAACGCGACGUCGUGUCUGCGGAUCUUCUCGCUGGACGACGAGAUGCGGGAGAUGAUGAUGCGCGCGGGCGUGGUGCGGUACCUGGCGCCGCUGCUGAUGGUCAAGCAGGACCGGCAGCGGUGGCACGCGCGGAACAUCCUGCUCAGCCUGGCGCAGAACCCGCAGUACCGCAAGGUCAUGGAGCUGUACGAGGUGCCGAACUUCGUCACCAACGCCAACGUGCCCGCCGUGGUCGUGCGCCCCUCGACGGCGCCCUCGAGCCUGUACGGGUCCCUGCACCCGCUCGCGCAGGCCGCGCAGGCGGUCCGAGAGGGGUUCGGGGGCCGAAGGCGGCACGGUUCGGGGCGCAAGGGUGCCGGCGGGCAGGCCGAGGGGGGUGGGCCCGCGGGGCAGGCGACCAGCAAGGCACCCACGCGGCGGUCGUCGCAGGCAGUCCUGGACCAGACGCGCGGUGGGCACGCCGGGGCGACCCCGAUGCCGCAGCCGAUCGCCGCGUGA